CGCUAAGCGUCCUUCCUCCUACCGAAACCUGAGCUCGGACCUUUUGUUCGCGGAAAAUGCCCGAUCCUCUUUCAUGUGCGAUGAGUCUUUAACAUCGACCCCACCAAAAAUAAUAAUAUCUACCUACACUUCCCACUACACGAUACUACAAUCCUAUCUACAAACCCCCAUUUUCACCACAUCUUGACAUCCUCGGCAGGGACUUGCGCCUGACUCGCAUUGGAAGUCCAAAAAUAACUGCUGCUUCUGAGCUUCAGCUGUCGUUCACGCCAAUUCACCCAGCUUCUCCCCCCACAAACGCCGUGACGACACUAUUCACCCAUCCGUCUAUCCAUCCCUGGCGCUGCAACGACCUCUAUCCCCUCGAAGCACUACUCCAGAAUGUCACAGGGGACGGUGAUAGUAGCCCCAGGGCUCUCAUCGUUUCUCAAAUCUCUGAAGACUACUCCCGUAGAACCUUCGGUUGAGCACUUCAUUUCUCUCCUCAAGCGACGUCAAAUCCGCAACUCCAGACCAUGUGCGAUCGCAACCACGGCUCUCCUACUCCGCGUCGUGGGCGAAUUCAAGGGAAGAGAUGCUGCGAAGUUGGUCAAGCGUAUCCGUGAAGUGGGGCGGCAAUUGACGUCGGCACAACCACGCGAAGUGGUAGUAGGAAACAUUGUACGCCGCGUUCUUGGUCUGGUGAGGGAGGUUGUCGACGAGAAUAUCGACGGCGAAACAAAUGCGACGAGUGACCCGGGACACCCUGCACCCGCACAGCAUGAUUCCCUCCAUCGGCCGCUGCUUACAUCGUCAAUCUCGCAAUAUAGCCCACUCAAGCAUGCCGCGGCAGAACCAAUGGAUGCCAGCUUCCAAUCUGAGGCUACAUCAGACUCGGGAGAUAUUUCAAAGCGACCACCACUUCUCGCUUCUCACACAUCAUAUGCCGCAUCCGCUGGUACUGGCCUCACCCAGUCCCUCUUCGGCAUCUUCUCACAGCCAGAAACGCCCUCAGCCUCCAACACACCUACCGGGCAGCAAUCUCCCAUCGGGAAGGGGAUGUUGACAUCACUCAAUCUAGAACGACUAACAGACUUCAGCAAGUCCAAUACGAACUUUGAUUUGAAGGCAGAAGUUAUGGAUGGCAUCCGAGAGUUGCAAGAUGAACUAGAGCAGUCGGAUGAUUUGAUCGCCGCAAAUGCAUUGGACCACAUACAUUCGAACGAAAUCAUCCUCACGCACACAGCCUCGACCAGCGUUCAGAAAUUUCUGCUUGCGGCUGCCAGGAAACGUAAAUUCACAGUCGUGCAUGCUGAAACGUUCCCACAUGAUCACACAGCCACUCACGGAAUCCUGUUGACGGGAAAGAAGAGGGAGAAUUCCACCGUAGACGAAGCUGAUUGGAAGCCACUAAUUGCAGCUGGAAUUGAAGUCUACGUUAUUCCCGACUCCCACGUCUACGCUAUCAUGUCUCGUGUCAACAAGGUCAUCUUAGCCACACACACGGUCCUGGCCAAUGGUGGCCUUGUCGCAGCUGCAGGUGCCCAUAUGAUCGCGAAAGCAGCGAAGAACCAUCAGGUCCCUGUAGUUGUUGUUAGCGGUGUCUACAAGCUGAGCCCCGUAUAUCCGUUCGACUUGGACGAGCUCAUUGAAUAUGGCGAUGCCUCGAGUGUGGUUCCCUAUGAGGAUGGCGAUUUUGUCGAUAAAGUGGAUGUAGAAGCACCUCUUUUCGACUAUGUCCCAGCCGAUCUGGUUGAUCUGUACAUCACCAAUCUUGGUGGCCAUGCCCCGUCAUUCCUCUACCGAAUUGUCGCAGACCAUUACCGGCCUGAAGACAUCACUCUCUAGAUUUGCAUUCGUACUCGGCGCAACCUGCGCGAGCUCGUCUUAACAAUUCGUACAAGGCGAUAAAAUUCAGUACUACCAGCAAUUGCCACCUGCCAUUUAGAGCCACAAUCAUGACAUAUUGUGAAGAGAUACGACACUGGAUGGUCCCCAUAUAAAAGGUGCUGCUAAGUCCAGUGUCCGAUACUCGUUUCAGAGGACGGUAAUAAACCUCAUCUCCACGGGCUGGAACGGCACGAUCCUCAAUCCUCCUUGCCCACGCAUUUGUGUUCGGUGAAGAGUCGAUAGUAACAGUGUAAAACAAU